GCUUCGAAGAAUCUGUGGUCCGGCGUUAUAACGUAAUUAAUCGUCGAGUUGUGAAAAUAUACUAUUUUGCUACCGGAUUGAUAACAAAACCGGUAAGGAUCAUGUCUGAGCCAAGUUCGAAAGACACUGUCCUUAAAACGGCAAUGAUUUACGUGUGCGGAGAAUGCCACCACGAAAAUGAAAUGCGCCCGAAGGAUCCGAUCCGUUGCCGGGAGUGCGGGUACCGUAUAAUGUACAAGAAGCGCACGAAACGACUUAUCGUGUUCGACGCCCGAUAGCAUAGAGGAUGGUGCCCGAUGGUGACCGAACUGCUGGCUCUUUGGGUUUUUAAGAAAUAACAGAAGUUCGACAAAAUAAAACAACACUUUUCACCACAUUU